AUGCUGGUCGCUCCUCGCACCCUCUACGAUUGGAUCUGCCUACACUGCCUUCACACCUCCUUCAACCUCAACCUCCGCACCAGUGUUACUGGCGGUGGUGGUCUGUUUCGCGAGGGUUCCGAUCUCUGCCUCAACAACCUCCGACCCUGC